GGGCUUGCCUGCCAUAAGAUCGACAGCAAGCGCACGUGCUGCACGUAAACAUUCACCACCGGUACUCAUUUUCAUGUCACCUGGAAAUUUACCAUGCCAAAAUCCUUUUUAUUGACAAAUCGGAGGUUUCUAAUUGAAAAGAAGAAAACCAAAGAAUUAUCUGCAGAGAACAACGGCAAGAAUGAAAAGACAACGAAUGGCGGUUUUCAAAACAAAGCUGGACAGCUACAAAGAAGAUGGGAUUGCAACCCCGCACAUCCCACCCUGCAACAAUGUCCGGAGUUUGUAGACUAUCGUCAGAUAUUUUACAUCGAACAAGACAAUACACAACUCCCGAACAGAGACAAUGCGAACGAAACCGACACCGACAAUGACGACUCACCAAAAGAUUUGUCAACAAAAAGAAGGACGCCACCACUCACCGACGCAGGCCUCGUAAGACUCGACAAGAGUACCACCGUCUCCCACCAAAUUUCGAACAUGCACACUUCACCUUUCAUUAUGGGACAACGGUCAUCGUACUCUUGCUUUCAUUUUCCUGACGACAAUGGUGGCCCCCAAGACUAUUCCACUGAAGCAGUACCCGAAUUAAAGCGCGCAACACAGACCCCGUCCUUGCCGCCAGAGCAUAGGACGGAAGUAGAACUGUCGCCAUAUAAUAGGUAUUCGGACUUCAGUGCAGAACUACGACCCGAAUUUUCUCCAAUCAAUCGUUGCCAUGCUGAAUGUUCCGACCAUUUUUCGCUUUUGUACGAACUGAUAAGAAACACCAAUGGUCUGUUAGAGCACAGGGAACCAAUGGACGCACCGAUGAAUGCAAAACGGGUACUAAAUUUCGACAAACCAACAUACUCGCCUGUCAUAGAACCUAUAUCGCCAAGACCAACAUCUGAAAACGACCAUGACGAUUUUAACAACUACCCAUGUGAAGAAUGUGGAAAGCGCUACAGCACCUCAAGUAACCUAGCUCGCCAUAGACAAACACACAGAUCUGCAAGCGACAAGAAAGCCCGAAAAUGUCCACACUGCGAAAAGGUCUAUGUGUCAAUGCCAGCCUUCAGCAUGCAUGUUCGGACACACAGCCAGGGGUGCGAAUGUCCAUAUUGUGGCAAGAGAUUCAGCCGACCUUGGUUACUACAGGGUCACAUAAGAACACACACUGGUGAAAAACCCUUUGAUUGCCCAAAAUGUGGAAAGUGUUUCGCCGACAAGUCGAACCUCAGAGCGCAUGUGCAGACUCACUCUACAGAAAAACCGUAUGUCUGUGGAAGGUGUGGCAAGGCGUUUGCUCUGAAGAGCUACCUCUAUAAGCACGAAGAAUCCUCAUGUAUGCGCGGUCAACGAAACCGCACAAAAGUUGAGAGGUCAUCAGGAGUGCGUGCGCAUAAAAACCGAAGUAGACAACUCUCAGUUGAAGACUUAUCACCAAGUACACCAGAAAGCAUAGUGUAAUAGACAAUGGCAUGGUAAAUUUUCCAAUCAUCUCGACCAAGUUCAUCGUGUAUUAUUACUCUAAUUUUUCAACACUUUUUCACAACACAUCUUUCAUGCAUUACGCAUUUAAAAUAAACUAGACUGGACCAUUCCAAAAUAAGUGUCACACACCAUUGCAGCCUAGUGGUAUUUUACAUAAUCUAUCAAAUCAGAUCUUUUAUUUACAGACAAGCAGCAUUCCGUGGCAACAAAAAAGUAUUGCCAGAUUUCCGUUGUCAGUUCGCACAUUCAUUUUCAUCAUCUAAAUAUAACGGGAGAGGAAUUUCGGUAACUACUCCAUUAACGGUAUUUUUCUCAUUUAUCUACACGAUAAACGGAAAAUAACAAUGGAAAUGAUAACCGGUUUAUGAAGUGAAAUUUAUCGUAUGAUGUGUUAAAAACAAGACAGGGAAUAUGAUGAUUAAAAGAUCACUAAGUUAGCGUAGUCAAAGAACCGCACUGAUAUCUCGACUAUUAAUACUUUUAUUAGAAGACGGAAAAAAAAACAUACAAUAAAAUGGAAAAACUAUCUUCAAUUGAAGAUGAAUCCCUGUAUUUAUUUCAUAAUAUCGCCAGAUUCGUCAUUGGUCUUCCAACAUGGACAUCGCGGAUAUCUUGCCGAACACGUCAUUAAUCGUAUGUCAUGUCACGUGAUUUUCAUCAAGUUGUUCUUCAUGAAAUCUCAUUUUGGUUGUCCGUCCGAAAUUGACGAUAAAGCUAUCUCUCACUGUCUGUUGGAGGGGAUGAUCUUCACAGACCCAAUUAAACACCAAUGGAAACAGCUCGAGAAUUGUGGAUAAUGAAUACGAAACACAAAGGCUAAAUAUCUCAUUUUGACCUAACAUUCAUAGCAAACUCUUGUAAAGAUUUGCCCAAAUGAAUCAGUUUCUUAAGAUUCACGUGGAAAUGGGGGGAAGGAUGGAAACUUGUAUUAUAAUCAAGUUGUGUACAAGUCCAAAAAAAUCAUAACUGAAAAGUGCUUUAAAAGAUUGUGAUUGUUUUUUGGUUUUUGUGGAUUUUUUUUCCAUGUGUCUGUACACUGUAUAUACGAAUAUUUGUUUGAGAGCGUGUGAUUUUUAGUCUUAAGUGCUUUUUUACACGAGUUGAAUUAUGUGUGAUAAUUUAUUUUUAAUUUAUUCAUUCUGGAGUGUUGUGCGUGUUCAUUUCUAUUUAACAUAUGUACUUUAUUAUUUUCCCAUGGAUAUACAGCAAUGUACAUUAAACAUUACUACAUGUUUUAAAUUCAGUUUCUAAGAACAUAAACUUUCAUUACGGUUGUUAUAUUUACGUUAUACUAAGCAUCUAAUAAGCUCUAGUUAAGUGGGUUUUUUUUUCUGUGUUCAUACAGUAUGUGUAAAAACGACCAAUGGUGUUUAGUUAACCUAGAAAUUUUGAGUCUUUGCAAAAGUUGUAUUCAAUAUUGAUUUUUAGAUUUAUUUUCUAUUUUUAUAUUAUUGUAUUUAUGAUGUAUUUUGUAUGGCGCGCUUGGCUUUUGCCGGCUUGACGACAACUUUUAUAGAAGGCACUCGUAUACCGUGUUAUAUAAAAGAAAACGGCGUUUUAAAAAAAUCUAAUUGCUUAUAAAGUUCUUAAUAUAUGCAAUAUUUACGGUUAUCUAAUAAUUUAUUUAAAUUAUUUAUUUAUUGUACGCUAAACUCUUUAAUGGCAUUCACAAAAUACCUUGUAUUUUCUCGUAUAGCAGUAAGGUACUGCAAAAGAAAAAAAUCAGAAGUAUAUAAAAAAAAAAUGUGUGUUGUCCCGAACUUUGCUAUGAGAAUAAAAUCUGGUACGUUUG